CGAGCUUCAACGCUGUGGGUGCGGUGAUCCUCCACCAGUUCUGUUUUGGAAUAUCACAAGUCCAUGGAAACAUGGCGGGGGCUUCUCUCUGUCUCUUGUCCUUGUCCACUGCCUUGGUUGCCUGGUAUCUUCACAACAAGUCAACAAACAAACACAAGAUGGCUUUCCAAUUUCCUCCUCUCAAGAAUGACUUGCUGCUCAGGGCCGCCCGUGGCGAGACCGUUGAGCGUCCCCCUAUCUGGGUGAUGCGCCAGGCCGGCCGCUACCUCCCCGAGUACCAUGAAGCCAAAGGCGGGCGUGACUUCUUUGAAGUCUGCCGCGACCCCGAGAUCGCCUCGACCCUGACCCUCCAGCCCAUUGAGCGCUACGCCGGCCUGAUCGACGCCGCCAUCAUCUUCUCCGACAUCCUCGUCAUCCCCCAGGCCAUGGGCAUGACGGUCGAGAUGGUCGACAAGAAGGGCCCCCACUUCCCCAACCCGCUGCGCUCGCCCAGCGACGGCCAGUACGCCGAGCUCAUGGAGCGCGACGUCGACGUGGCCAAGGAGCUGGAUUACGUCUACAAGGCCAUCACCCUCACCCGCAAGAAGCUCGACGGCCGUGUCCCCCUGUUUGGAUUCACCGGUGCCCCGUGGACGCUGCUGUGCUACAUGGUUGAGGGCGGCGGUACUAAGCUGUUCAAGGAGGUCAAGACGUGGAUCUACAAGUAUCCCGAGGAGACCAAGGCUUUGUUGCAGAAGAUCUCGGAGUUGUGCGUGGAGUACUUGGCUCUGCAGGUCAAGGCUGGCGCUCAGAUCGUCCAAGUCUUUGACUCCUGGGCCGGCGAGCUCUCCCCCUCCUCCUUCAAGACCUUCUCCCAGCCCUACCUGACCUACAUCGCCAAGCACCUGCCGCUUCGCCUCAAGGAGAUGGGUCUCGAGCCCGUCCCCAUGGUUGUCUUCCCCAAGGGCGCAUGGUACGCUCUCGACGCCGCCUGCGACAUGGGCUACAAUGUCGUCGGCCUGGACUGGCUGCACGACCCUGCCGAGGCCGUCAAGGUUGUUGGCGACAGGCCUAUGGUCCUCCAGGGUAACGCUGACCCUGGUGUCCUCUACGGAUCCCAUGAGGCCAUCACCAAGGUCGUCGAGGAGAUGGUGCAGGGCUUUGAUUGGCAUGGCAGACACAAGGGCUGGAUUGUCAAUUUGGGCCAUGGCAUUACGCCGUUUGUUAACCCGGAUGAUCUCAAGUUCUUCUUUGAGGAGAUUCAUCGGUUGACUAAGACCAAGGCUUAGGUGCCUGGUUGUAUGUACGUAUAAAAACGGUGUUGAUGAUGUAUGAAAUUUAGAUAGACAUAUAUCCCCUCAAUCAAAUUUUCAAAGUAACCUGCUCAA